AGUUUUUAUUAUAAUUAUUAUUACUAUAAUUAUUAUUAUUAUUCAGUUUUUUGUAAUUCGUACUCAUGCGUUUGUCGAGGGAAAAGCAGGGGCUCUACAGCGGCUGCGAGAUCGUAAGGAGAUUGUAGGGAACGCUGCACCGGUGAAUCGUAUUCUCUCUCUCUCUCAAACUGAAACACGCCAGGGAUGGGAAACUUCAUGUGGAUCCACGAAACAGAUCUGGAAAUAUCGAAUAACUACUGCUAACAGCGAUCAGGACAAAUGACAUAGGAUGAACACUGCUGGUCAGCUCUGUCUGUCUGUGCUGUCAUCCCUUCUCGCUCUGGCCUGGGGUGUGGAGCUGCUGGGUCAGAGCCACCCCUGCUCCUCUCUGGUGGCGGGGGUGCUGUACGGCUCCUUCUCGCUGCGGGACGUCUUCCCCGUCCUGGCCUCUGGCUGCUCCUGGACCCUGGAGAACCCCGACCCCACCAAGUACUCCCUCUACUUCCGCUUCAACCGCCACGCGGCGGCCUGCCGCGCCUUUUCCCCCAUGGUCCAGCCCCUGGACCACUACCUGGCCAACCACACCUGCGCCGCCCCCGAGCCUCGCGACCCGGAGGCGCUGGACCUCUGCCAGUCCUCCGGGCCGCACACCUUCCUGCAGUUCGACAAGAACUUCGUGCAGCUGUGCCUGACCGCCCAGCCGGCCGUGGGGGCGGAGCCCGUCGCCGCGGAGACUCUGGAGUUCCAGCUGGUGGAGGUGCUGCUGAUCAACAACGAGAACUCCAGCCAGUUCACCUGCGGGGUGCUGUGCCGCUGGUUCGAGGAGUGUCUGCGGGCCAGCCGCGGCAGCCAGCACUGCGGGAUCACCCAGACUGGCUGCAUCUGCCCAGAGGCCGCCCCGCCCGUGCCUCUGCUGCCCGCCACACCCCACAACGACUCCUUCUCCUACUCCGUCUCCAACGUUGUCCUGUCCCCGCCCGACGACUGCUGCGUCACCGAGCUCCACUCCAAGAACGCCAUCGCCAUAGCACCCAGGGACGUCAGGCAAGAACCAGACGAGGAUGACCAGAAGGUGAAGACACAGAGACCCAGGUCUGCGGACCUGCCGGGGGUCUUCCAGGCCCAGACAGGUGACCCGGCAGCGGAGGAGUGGUCACAGUGGAGCGUGUGCUCGCUGACGUGCGGUCAGGGCCAGCAGGUGCGCACGCGCUCCUGCGUCUCCUCCCCCUACGGCACCCUGUGCAGCGGCCCGCUGAGGGAGACCCGCCUCUGCAACAACACCGCCACCUGCCCAGUGCAUGGGCUGUGGGAGGAGUGGUCUCCGUGGAGCCUGUGCUCGGUCACGUGUGGGAGGGGCUCUCGGACCCGGACCCGGAGUUGCGUGGCACCUCAGUACGGAGGCAAGGCCUGUGGUGGGCCCGAGGUGCAGUCCAAACUCUGCAAUAUCGCGGUGUGCCCUGUGGAGGGACAGUGGUUGGACUGGGCUCCCUGGUCUCGGUGUUCGGUCACCUGCUCCACCGGCACACAGCAGCGUAAAAGGAGAUGCAGCGUGUCGGUCCACGGCUGGGCCGAGUGCAAGGGCCCCCACGCCGAAACGCGAGAAUGCAGCAACCCAGACUGCGGUGGUGACGGGAAGUGGGGCCCCUGGAACCACUGGAGUCUGUGUUCGAAGACCUGCGACUCUGGCUGGCAGCGGAGGUUCCGCAUGUGCCAGGGCACCGGCAUCCAGGGCUACCCCUGCGACGGCUCGGGAGAGGAGGUGCGCACCUGCAACGACAAAAAGUGCCCAGCGCCCCACGAACUUUGCCGAGAUGAGUACCUCCUGUCCAUGACCUGGAAGAGAGCCUCCGCUGGAGAAACUGUCUACAACAAGUGUCCAUCAAAUGCAACUGGGUCUGCUAGUCGUCGUUGUAUGCUGGACUCUAACGGAGUUGCUUACUGGGGUCCUCCGAGCUUCGCCCGAUGCGUCUCACUCGAAUACAGAUAUUUACAUCUAUCACUUCGAGAGCAUCUUGCGAAGGGUCAGAGGACCCUGGCAGGGGAGGGCAUGUCUCAGAUCGUGAGGAGUCUUCACGAGUUAAUGUCCCGGAAAAGCUAUUACAGCGGCGACCUCUUAUUCUCUGUGGAGAUUCUCCGAAAUGUGACGGACACCUUCAAGCGAGCAACCUACAUUCCAGCUCCCGACGACGUGCAGAAAUUCUUCCAGGUAGUCAGCUUUAUGUUGGACAUGGAAAACCGUGAGAAGUGGGAGGAUGCUCACCAGGUCUCUCCCGGCUCUGUGCUACUGAUGCGAGUUGUGGAAGACUUCAUCCAUCUCCUCGGAGAUGCACAGAAGGCCUUCCAGAGCUCACUCUUCGUUACCAACAACCUCAUGGUCACCAUCCAGCGCGAGCCAGUUUCGGCUGUCUCCAGCGACAUCAACUUCCCCAUGAAGGGGCGGAGGGGGAUGAAGGACUGGGCACGCUCCUCCGAGGACAAGCUCUUCAUCCCCAAGGAGGUCUUCACCCUGUCCUCUGAAGAAUCGGACGACAACACCUACUUUGUGAUUGGAGCGAUCCUGUACCGAACACUGGGAUUCAUCCUGCCCGCACCCGAAAGCCCCCUGGUCAUCAACUCGAAGAUCCUGACGGUGACGGUGCGGCCCCUUCCGAAACCCACCGAACCUAUGGUGGUGGUGGAGCUGUCCCCGCUGCUGAAUGGCACAUCAGACCCCCACUGUGUCGUCUGGGAUUACAGCAACCCAGAAGCUGGCACAGAAAACUGGGACACAGAGGGCUGCCAAACACUCCCAUCUCCGGCAGUCCACACCAAAUGUCUCUGCAGCAAGAUCUCCACCUUUGCAGUCUUAGCGCAGCAACCUAAAGACCAGGAUAUGGGACCCUCCAGCAUGCCCUCUGUGCCCCUCAUGGUGGGCUGUGGGGUGUCCUGUACAGCUUUGCUCAUCCUGCUGCUUAUCUACGCUGCCUUCUGGAGGUACAUUCGCUCUGAGAGGUCCAUCAUCCUGGUAAACUUCUGCCUCUCCAUCCUAGCCUCCAACGUGCUCAUCCUUGUGGGACAGUCACAGACACUCAGCAAGGCUCUCUGCACUAUGACGGCGGCCUUCCUGCACUUCUUCUUCCUUGCCUCUUUCUGCUGGGUGCUGACGGAGGCGUGGCAGUCUUACCUGGCCGUGAUUGGCAAGAUGAGAACGCGCCUCAUCCGCAAACGUUUCCUGUGCCUCGGCUGGGGUCUCCCAGCUCUCGUCGUUGCUGUGUCCGUGGGAUUCACCAGAGCCAGGGGUUACGGCACGCCCAGCUACUGCUGGCUGUCUCUGGAAGGGGGCUUGCUGUAUGCCUUUGUGGGACCCGCAGCUGUCAUCGUAUUGGUGAACAUGCUGAUUGGAAUUGUGGUCUUCAAUAAACUGAUGUCAAGGGAUGGCAUCUCAGACAAGUCCAAAAAGCAGCGAGCCGGGGCGUCGCUGUGGAGCUCCUGCGUGGUGCUCCCCCUGCUGGCCCUGACCUGGAUGUCGGCCGUGCUGGCCAUCACGGACCGACGCUCCACGCUGUUCCAGGUGCUCUUUGCCGUCUUCGACUCCGUGCAGGGCUUCGUCAUCAUCACGGUGCACUGCGCCAUGCGGCGAGAGGUCCAGGAUGCGGUGAGGUGUCGAAUGGGCGUCUGUAAGGACGACAGCGAGAACUCUCCAGACUCCUGCAAGAAUGGCCAGGUGCAGAUCAUGACAGACUUUGAGAAAGACGUGGACCUGGCGUGUCAAACAGAGAGAGGACACCCAUUCAUCUUUAAGGAGGUGAACACCUGCAACCCGGCCACCAUCACGGGCACCCUGUCCCGCAUCUCGCUGGACGACGAGGACGACCCCAAGCUGGCGUCCCACCAGGAGGGGGUCAACUUCAGCAGCCUGCCGGGCAACAUCCCGCCGCCCAACCUGCUGGUCCAGGUGCCGCCGCUAGGGGGCCUGAACGAGCUGAGCGAGCAGCCGCUGAAGAAGGAGGUGAACGUGGAGCAGCAGCAGCAGCAGCACCAGCGGGGGGCGCCGGUGUACCUGUGCACGGAUAGCGGGCUGGGCUGGGCGCGGCCGCAGGAGGGCGGCGGAGGGGGCGAGGGGGACUACAUGGUCCUUCCCCGCAGGACCGCCAGCCUCAAGCCCCCGCCCCCUGAGGACGAGGACAAGCCCCUGAACAUCGCCGUGGAUGACCCCCCCUUCCCACCCCCGCCCUCGCCGCUCACCCUGCACACGGCCGAGAGCGAGGCCUACCCGGACUUUGUGGCGGUGGACCACAUCGGCAUGAACCUGAACCGCUCCUACGGCACGCUAAAGCAGCUGCCGGCCCACGCCCAUGCCCACGGCCACGCCCAUGGCCACACCCAUGGUCACGCCCACUCCCAUUCGCUGCAGUUCAAGCAGCGCCCCUCCGUCCGGCAGAUCCUGGCCUCCGGCACGGUGGAGCGGACCCGGACCCUGCCCCGAAACCUGGGCAGCACCAGCACCAGCACCAGCCUGUCCGUGGGCUCCCUGGAAAGGAAAAGAGUACGAUACUCUGAGCUGGACUUUGAGAAAGUGAUGCACACUCGCAAAAGGCACUCGGAGCUUUACCACGAGUUGAACCACUCCACCAAGUUCCACACCAUAGACAGGUAUAACAGGGAUCCUGCUAUGUCCACCUUCAAGAGGGAAAAGCGGUGGAGCAUUUCGUCUGCCGGAGGUGAAAAGAACUCUUCGAGUGACAAGUCCACCCCAGACGACCAGCACUCCUGGGACAGCUUCAAGACCAUGACCCCAGACCCCUCGUCCGGCCCCAGCGAGCAGAAGGACAAGCUGGAACUGCACAGCAAGAACUGGGACACCUCCUCCGCCAACUCCCCAGACACCCCUGAGGGAGACUUCCAGACUGAAGUCUGAGUGCACACACACACACACACACACACACACACACACACACUUAUAUGCGCGCGCACACAC